ACAAGCAGGGACAUGGAUCGUGGAGUCAGCCUGGAGAACCCCUACGCCAGCGUCAACAUCCCGCGGGACCAGUUCCAGCAAAGCUUCAUCACUCGGUACCUAAAGGAUGAGCCCACUGUCAUCGCCAACCCCGCUGUUGUGCCUGCCUAUGGCGAGGAGGAGCAGGCAGACCCCGCUGGCAGCUGGAACAGCCCAACAGUUUCCACGGGGCAGGCUUGGUACCGUCCCUACAACCCCUAUGGCAGCCUGAGGAUGCCCGACAGGGAAUCACCCAACUCCUUCUACACCGUCACCCUGGACAAGCCAUCCAAGAGCCAGGAGUGGGAGGCUGGCGGGACAUGUGGCUGCUGCAAGUGCUGCUCCUUCUGCAGAAAGUGCUGCUGUGUCAUCUCCUAA